CUUAAUCAACAAGAAAACAAGCGUGUCACUCUCACCCUUUAUAUAUGGUGGCUCUAUCUAGCUCCCAGAGUGUAUCAGCAUAAACCACAACACAUUCAAUUCCACCAUGAGAACUUCUUUGGGGAGUUUUUCUUCACCCUUCACAAGCUUCCGUUCCGCCUCAUCAUGGUUCGAGGUGUACGCCGCUUUCUCCACAUUCAUGAUGCUUCUGAGAACCGCGAUCAACGAUCUCAUACCCCACCAAGUUCGCACCUUCAUAGUCACAAAGAUAAAGGCUUUGUUCUCAGAUCGCCAAAAUAUUAACCAGGUCUCACUCCAGAUCAACGAGAUUUGGGAUGGCCAAAUCAACCAGCUCUUCCAAGCCGCCCAAGAGUAUCUCCCUGCUCAAAUAUCCCACUCUUACAAGUCCCUCAAAGUUGGAAAGCUCCCAAAGCACAAGAACAUUGCGGUGGCAGUGGAUGGAACACAAGAGGUCGUGGAUCUUUUCCAAGGCAUCAAGCUCAGCUGGAAGCUCGUUGAGAAAAGCCCCAAAAGCGAUUCUGAUCACCGCGAUCAUCAUCCUAAGUCUAGCGGUGUUGGUUACGAGAGGAAGUCAUUUACUCUAAGCUUUGAUGAGAAGCAUAGAGAUGUAGUAAUGAACAAGUACAUUAACCACGUUCUAAGCACUUACCAGGACAUGCAGACAGAGCAGAAAACCAUCAAGAUCCAUUCCAUUGGUGGAAGGUGUUGGCAGAAGAGUGACUUAACUCAUCCAGCUUCCUUUGACUCGCUUGCAUUGGAACCUGAGCAGAAACAAGCCAUUAUUGAUGAUUUGAAUCGGUUUUUGCGACGGAAGGAGCUUUACAAGAAGGUGGGGAAGCCUUGGAAACGUGGCUACCUCCUUUAUGGGCCUCCCGGGACAGGAAAAUCUAGCCUUAUUGCUGCUAUAGCCAACUACUUGAAGUUUGAUGUGUAUGAUUUGGAGCUAAGCUCUAUGUUUUCUAACUCGGAACUCAUGCGAGUCAUGAGGGAAACAACCAACCGCUCCAUCAUCGUCAUCGAAGACAUAGACUGCAACAAAGAGGUGCAUGCUCGACCAACAACGAAACCUUUUUCAGAUUCAGAUUCAGACUUCGACCGCAAGCGUGUUAAGGUUAAGCCUUACAGGUUUACUCUGUCGGGUCUGCUUAACAACAUGGAUGGUUUGUGGUCAAGUGGUGGAGAGGAGCGAAUUAUAAUAUUCACUACUAACCACAGAGAGAGAAUUGACCCUGCAUUGCUGCGCCCUGGUCGUAUGGACAUGCACAUUCACUUGUCCUUCCUCAAAGGCAAGGCCUUUCGAGUCUUGGCUUCCAAUUAUUUAGGAAUUGAAGAUCAUUCACUUUUUGAAGAAAUUGAUGGACUAUUGGAGAAAUUAGAAGUCACCCCUGCAGUAGUAGCAGAGCAACUGAUGAGAAAUGAGGAUCCUGAAGUUGCUUUGGAAGGACUUGUUGAAUUUCUCAAAGAAAAGGACAAAGAAAGCCUACUUAGAUUUAUGAAUGAGACUGCAGACUAAAUAGCAUGUUUUAGAGUCUUUUCAUCUGUAUCACCACCAGUAUAAGAUGCAGAAUAAAAAUGAAUGCCCUUUGCUUUUGUAAUGUUUAGGAUUUGUACUUAUGUAUGGAAUUGUUGUACAAUUUCAAUGCAAAAAAGAUUUGAAGAUUCCAAAA